CCCUCCCACCCACCGUCCUCUCCUCCUCUCUCCCUCCCUCCCUCCCUCCUCUCCAUCCUCUCCAUCCUCCUCCUCCUCCCUCCAUCUCCUCUCUCUCUCUCUCAUCAGGCGGCAGGAUGGACGUCGUAAAUCAGUUGGUGGCCCAGGGCCAGUUCAGGGUGCUGAAGCUUCCUCUGGGCUUCAUUAAGGCCUUACAGUGGUUCUUCGCCAUCUUUGCCUUCUCCACCUGUGGCAGUUAUUCUGGGAUGUUCCGGAUGGCGGUGCAGUGUAAGGUCCGGACAGAAAGCAACCUGAGUAUAGAGGUGGAGUUCGACUAUCCAUUCAGACUCCACCAGGUGUACUUUGACGCCCCCACCUGUAGUGGCGGGAACCAGGAGCGCGUCUUCCUGGUUGGCGACUACUCCUCCGCGGCCGAAUUCUAUGUUACCAUCGGCGUCUUCGCCUUCCUCUACUCCACGGUGGCUCUUGCAAUCUACGUCUUCUUCUUCGAGAAGUACAAGGAGAACAACAAGGGCCCGCUGAUCGACCUGGGUGUGACCGCAGUGUUUGCCUUCAUGUGGCUGGUGAGUUCGGCAGCUUGGGCCAAAGGUCUGUCCGACGUGAAGACGGCGACUGACCCGGACAAAGUGAUCACUCUGAUCGCCGCCUGCGCGGACGAGGAGAACGACUGCCGUGAAGUCCACGACCCGGUCAUGUCUGGUCUCAACACCUCCGUGGCUUUUGGUUUCAUUAACCUGAUCCUGUGGGUGGGAAACCUGUGGUUCGUCUUCAAGGAGACGGGCAUCAUCGCUCCCUUCAUGCGAGCUCCGCCUCCUCAGGAGAAACCUGCUGCACCUGACGCUUACGAACAAGACCCGUACGCCGGCGGCAACCAGGGAGGCUACCAGCCCGAGUACAGCCAGCAAGGAUACAACCAGGAGGCAGAGUAUGGGCAGGGCUACACCCAGCAGGGGGCGCCCACCUCCUUCUCCAAUCAGAUGUGAACAGACAGGAAGCAGGAAACGCCGGAGUGAACCAACAGUGGGUCGCCUGCAACCUACCCACAAUGCAACACUCCUGUCUGUCUGCAAAGUUAAUGGGGGAUGUGGGUGGGGGGUGUGGUGGGAGGAGGGGAGGGGGGGGGUUAGAUGUUCACUAUAAUGAAUCGAUGUGUAAAUGAUAAAAAGAAGAUAACAAAUCCACAACUUGAACAAGCACCAAAACAGCAACAACAACGACGCUGACAAAUAGAAACCUUCAGAGUUAUUCCUAUUAAUCUGUGGACAGAAUGUAUGUUUGUGUUGUAUAGAUAUCACUCUGAACAGAUAUAUAAUAUAGACUCAACUGUUUCUUCAUGUUUCCUAUCGAGCCCAAUGAUCUGCCCCACCCCCUUGGUAUGCCCCGCCCACCCAGGAUCAACACCGGCCAAUCAUGAAGCUGUUCAGACUGGGUUCACACUGAGACCAAUCAGAUCAAAACCAGAUCAAACUGGAUCCAGAUCAAACUGGAUUCCAAAUCCAAACGACCCUGCGUCCGCCAGCAUCACCUCCCGGCUGUUCGCUGUUUGUCUUGCUGCAUGUAAAUAUCAACACAGGAAGUGAUGUCACUCUGGAGACGCAGUAAAGUCCAGUCUGGACUCAGCUUCAUGGUGACGCCGGCUGGAAAACUGGAUCCAAAAUGGCUCCUCGUCAUUACAGUUUGCACUUUGUUUGUGUGUUUGUUAGAUUCCUUCUGCAGCGACGGUGGAGGACAGCUCACCGCACAAAAGUCCGUCUGAAUAGCAUUAUUAUUAUUAUCAUUAUUAAGAAUUUGUGAGAACACCGUUGCAAAGCAACGGCAAUAUCAACGUUAACUGUCGGCGUCUAGAAGCCAUACAGGCUAAAUAUUUAGCAAGCUAGAAAGUUGGUAAAAUAAUGCAGGUAAUGCAUAAUGACAGAGGAAGAUGAUGCCGUUAGGAAUAUCAACAUUUUCCUCAGACAUAUUAUAAAUUUACGAAGAAAAAACAAUAUACGACUAAAAUUACAAUAUAUUCACUUAUUAUGCACCGAAAAAUUAACCUCCAUGAUCUCCGCCAAUUCUGACAACGUCAACAAACUCGUGAACUCGGCUCACCUUAAAAGGUAAAGAGAGAUUUCUGCUGUUUAAAUGUUCAGACAGGCGAUUGUGUUUGUCUACCUGUCCUCUCGCCGGCUCUCAGCCAAUCAUCAGCAGCCGUGAGCCGUUUUUUUUUUUAAAAGUCUUUCUGGAGAGUUCCUGGCUCUGAAAACAAACUGGAUGCUUCUAAUUCUUCUUCUUUGGUGUUUUUUUUAUGUUGGGACAGUGAAGUAACUUCCUCCGCAUGGUGACGUGUUUCCUGCUCGUGUUGUAACUGAUGGUCAGUUGUGAUUCUACUUCCUGUUCUCCUCUACAGGUGUGUGUGUGUGUGUGUGUCCAUUCUUCUUCUAUCACUCUUUACAUCUUCAGGUUUUUAUUUCUUUUCUUCCUCCUGUCUUCUUUUUAUCACCUCUCUUACUUCCCUCCUCCUCCUCCUCCUCCUCCACAUCUUCUCUCAUCCUCUCCUCUCUUCUUCCUCUCCUCCUCCUCUUCUCUUCUGCCUUCUCUCCUCCUCCUCUUCCACCUCCUCUUCCUCCUCCUCCUCCUCUGUGAUGUAACUCCCUGUGUGAUGAUAUUCUAUUCAGCAUCAGUAACCAUGGCGACGGUGUUGACAGUGAUGAUGAUGAAGUGUGUGUGACUUGUUGCUAUGGAGACAACCCCCCCCCCCUGCUGUGUUUAUUCAAUGGAAAGUUUCAAUAAACUACAAAGUGUCUGA